AUGGACCGUGCCGGUGACACAGCGGCAUCGCGGCCGAACGGGCGAGCUCUGACGAACCAGCUACAUGUGAAUCACGAGACGAGGCGGCCGCUCUUUGCGAACAAUGGUCCGCGGAGCCUGGGCAAAGAACAGCAACCUGCACCGGCUUCAGGCGGCGACGGUGCGAAGCUAGGUGACCAAGCAGGAGCAGGACCGACUAGGUUUACGCGAAGGACGAAGUCAGAUCCACAGAACACCACAUAUGGCGUCCGAAAAGUCCAGGGACAGGAUGAUCCAGAUGCGAGCAGUGUAAGCAUCCUUUCUCCAGGAGGCAGCCGUAUACCACGACCCAACAUCACGGGUUUUCAACACCGGCGACCAAUUUCAUUGGCAGACGCUUUCAAAUUGGCCCAAGAGGAAGCGGAGGAAGCUGAGCGGGAGAGACAGCAGGGCGGUUCGCCGAGUCCGGCGCCAAGAACAUGGCGGGCACGGCCAGGACAGCCUCAAGAUGAGACUCAAGCUAGGAAACUGAUGUCCGAAGAUCCUCUUGAUAGCAGAGCACGGGCGCGACGAUCCGCCGAAGUCCUAUCAAAAGCGCCGAGCAAUCAAUCCCCGGACUCAAAACCAACAAGCACGCAAGCAGGAGCUGGCUCUUCUAAGAGAACAGGCAACGGCCCCAGCUUACAAGACCGAAUACUUGAAUGGAGAACAAAAUCACGACCGAACUCGGACUGGACCAAAAAGGCUACGGAUCCGCCCAGGGACACCAACGGCGAGGAGCACCUUCCUGAAUUAGUCCCGGGAAUUGAAGAUGUCCCCUUUCCUUCGGUCGAGUCGCCUCGUCAAAACCCCGCCAUCACUUCUUCUCCAUUACGAGACUUUACCUGGCAGGUAGACCAGGAUUUUACUGCCGGAGACCUCCAAGUAUCUGAUAGUCCGCGAAUCAAGGUCGGAAACAACAGCAAUAAGCCGUUUGCGAACCGGCCAUCGAUAUUGGAUAGGAUCGAUAUCAGGUCAUCCGCGCAGACAAGCAGCUCCGGAACACGAAACACUAAGCUUGACGAGAUUCGGGCGCGUGAACGCAAUGCCGAGGGCGAUAGCUUGGCGGGACAAUCGACUUUGACACCACAACACGCUCGAAAGUAUACUAGGCUGGACGAGAUUCGGGCACGAGAGGCAGUCGUUGACAAGCAAAUGCCUUUGCCUGAUCCAACGCAGCCCAGACCCAAGAAUACCAAAUUAGACGAGAUACGACAACGAGAGACGGAGGGCUUGUCAAAACGUGCCAUUGCAGCAGCUCGACUGCAGGAGAUCAAAGAAAAGAACGCAAUGACGAGAUCGUUAUCCCCGGACAAGGGCCGAGUUCAGAAUAGCCGUGAAAAGUUUCCGGAAAUGCGGCCGCCUCUUCCACGACCCAAGUCUUCCCUGGCAGUUGAAGGUGAAAGAAUUCCCGAUACACCAGUCACAGUGUUCAAGAACUAUCGCUUGAAGCAAGAGAACAUUAACCCUAUUGAGGCGGAGACUUCUCGCGGAAAGGAUACAGGAACAGUGAAGUCAGAUGUCAACGAACGGGAUUUGCUACGAAGGCUGGCCCGGGCUGCCAGCUCGAGCCCGGCACCUGAACAAGUGAACAGACGAGCUCCUCUGACGGAACGACAAAAGCCAAACGACAGCGAAAAGGUGGUGACAAAGUCGAUACUGUCGGGACGUUCUACAAACAAUGGACGGAAGUCAGCGCUCAACUCUCAUUAUAAAGAGGGUGAAUCCUCGCUGCGACCAACCGUCGGAUUUGCUGGCUUGAAGCGCAUAUCAUCAACGGAUUCAGAUUCAGCUAAGAGCAAAAAGUCAAACAUGUGUUCAGACGCGGAUCCAACCGAUCGGAUAGAGGCCGAGCUGAGGCUGUUUGCGCUGCGAGACGAUUACUCGGAGCCAGGCUCCGUUCGUGCGCCAUCACCUGUGCCCGACUGUGAGGAGGAGCAGGGCGAUGAUGUAGAGGAUACUCCUAGACCGGAGAGGCACGAUUUUUUACAAAUGGAGACACCACGGGUCACUGGCGCCUACGUCGAAACGCCCGUGACAGUCAAGGUGGAAAAAGUCCGGGAGGAAGAGAUGGAAGAUAUCAAGUCACUAAGCGAGAAGCCAAAGGCGAUGGGCGAAGCGUCGUCGAAACCAGAUUCCGCGAGCCUAUUCGGUGAUGGGAAGAUGAGUCUGGCGGGACGUGGCGGAACGGGCGAUGCGGCUUCUGAGCGAGGCGUGAGACGUGGUGAAAUUGGCAGUGGUUCAGUGGCUACAACUUCGGAGGCAAGAAAACCUCCAUCACGGCCACUUUCACGGUCACGGUCACGGUCAUCAUCUCGACGGAGACCGCCGUUGAAAAACUCGGCGAAACCACCAUCAGUCAAGGACGAUUUGCGUGAACUACAGCGCCAACACAACAUUGACGAUUCGGCCAUGGACGACCUGGAAGAGAUCCUGACUGGGCGAAAACAUGCAUCCCCGAAGCUUAAGCAGCUGUUGGAGGAGUUACCCGUGAAGGCAGAGGACGAGAUUGAUGACGAGCUAAGGGCUGUGGAGCAAGAGAUUCAGAAUGUGAAGCGUGAGAGCCCCGAGGACAAGGACCUGUCGGCGGGUGAAAUGGCCAUGUAUGACAGGAUGAGCAAGACGCUUCGCACAGGCUUGACAAGCUUACGGACGGCCAAACUCGGAAUUCAACGACUAGAAGACCAGGUAGCACAUGCCGAGAAGCAGUCAUUACCAGACGACGACGACGACGACGAUGACGACAUGAAACCGGCGACCAGGACCCGAGAACCUCAGCGACUGAGCGACGACAAGCUUUUACAUGACGAGAAGUGUCCCGAGUGUUUGGCCAAUGCAAGCCCAAUUUAUUUUACCUACCUACAUAUCCCAGUUCCACCACUGUUCCAUACAACGCCUCGCUUUCGACUCACGUUGCUGGGGAUGUUUCUCACAGUUCUCUCACUGUGGUAUGUUGCCGAAUCGAAUGUAUGUGGGAAGUAUUGUCGUCCAGCAGCUUGUACGACGACUCCAUGCGUGUAUUCAUAUGACGACCCGACAUUUGGAAAUGCGUUGCCUGUAAAACUAGACCAAUGGACAACCGGUGGACGGGGCCGCAAGCUGGCGACGUGGGUGUUUGAAGAGCUGCAAGACUGGGCGGCAGAUAUUGACGAUGCUGUACAUGGACGAUCUCUCGCCGACGUUGCAGUGGACCAACUAGACGUGGCAGGAAGACGGCAACACCGCCGUAGAUUACAGAGACGCGGCCUAAUCAAAGCGCCAACGAGAGCAGCGCCCGACCAAACUGCGAAAUGGGACUCGUGGAGACAGUCGAGGUUGGCAAAAGAGCGAUCUCGAGAUGCUGGCUAUGGGGGAUAUGACAUGGGCGAUGGCUGGGCAGAGGAUGCCAUAGGGAGAGACGAGCGGGUGUGGUGA